AUGGCGAUCGCUCGAUCGGGGAAAAUCAUCGCGUCCGUGGGUGCUUGGCUUCUGGUGCGAAUCGGCGCUGACGACUGCAGUGGAACGUUCGACGUCCCAGAAGGGCGGCCAGAUAACGACAUCAAGCAGCACAAUGGGGCGACGCUGAGGGACGUGUGCAUCUCGCGCGAGGGACCUUACCACGUGUUCGUCAUAGGCGACUGGGGCGGUACGGGCAACCCGCCGCGGCCCGCACAGAACAGGGGCAAUCUGCAAGAUCCCGUGGACUACGACGCGCAGCAGCGAGUGGCUAUGCAGAUGCACUUGCUCGGGCUCGAGGUCAACCCUGAUUACGUGCUAAACGUCGGCGACAGCUUUUACUGGGGAGGUAUCGACAAGACGUGCAUGCAGACGAUCGAGUGGUCCGACCAGUGGGCGAAUGUCUUCAACAACGUGUACGCGGGGGCAGGGCUUGCGGGCAGACCUUGGCUUGGGGUGCUCGGGAAUCACGACUACGGCGGGUACAGAUACGACACCGGCUGGUCUCAGAUAAUUACAAUGAGUUGGGUCGAUCUGCGCUGGAGGAUUCCUGCGCAGUAUUGGAAUGUCAGGGUAAAGUAUUCCAAUUUCGAUGUUGAUUACUUCUUUCUGGACUCAAACUCUCAUUCUUGUGCUGAUCCAUCAGUGAAUCCAAAGCACAACAUUUGUUCGACGGAACACAACGGAGACGGCAUGAAUUGCAGUGCCGUUGGUGGUCCUGACUCCGUGCAUUCGUGCCCAACCUACUUCACGAAGCUGUGGGAUGAGCAGGUGGAUUGGCUGAAGGGUAAGCUCACGAAGUCGAAGGCGACACCUUAUGAAGUUGCCCUGGAAGACAUCUUGGACAUGCUCGACACGUCGGAUGGCGGGGCUUGGUGGAUUACAGGCCACUUGCAUUACCAACUGUUCUGGGGGCAUAACGACGACGCGAACCCCAUGAAGCCCACGUCGGUGCUCAUCUCGGGCGGAGGCGGUGGUAUUACGUCGGAGGACAUCCCGCGUGAGGACGGUGAUGACGACACGUAUGGCUUUGUGGACUUAGAGUUGGCCAAGGACACCAUCGGCGUGCGCAUGAUUUCGCACGGGGGCAAGGUGCGGAAGAACGUGCGCAUCAAGCAUUGCUACGGUGGAGACGGCGCGGACCGGUUCGUCCAGUCGUGCGACGAUGACGGGCCAACCGCAGCUCCCACGAAGCCGUCCGAGGAGCCCGCACCCGUGGAUGCCGCCGCCGAGGAGAGCGUCGUGGAAGGCGACGCUCCCAACGCUGGCGAGGACGACGUCUCGCCGACGCUCACCGACCGGCUGAAGCAGAUGCUGGGCUGGUGGAGGGCGGGCCGGGUGCUGCAGGCAGUGCCGCCGCCCCGUGUGCAGGGCUGUGCUGUGGCUUUCGCGGCAGCUCUGAGCUCCGCGGCCCUGAUCGCCGCAUGGCGACUUCUGGGCGACAGGGGGGCGCGCCGCGCCACGUCGCACUAUGCGACCCUGGGCACCCGCCACGCUCUGGUCGACGAGGUGCCGGGCUUGCAGCUGCUCGACGGCUCCGGGGCCCGCGCCGCGCAGCCCACGGUGCCGCAGGUCGGCGUGGCGUACAGGUCCCGCGCGUUCAGUCCGAGGCAGUCCGACGGCGGUUCGAUGCGGCCCGAGGCGAUGAGCGGCGAGGAGCGGCGCUGGCUGAAGUACCAACUGGCGCAGGCCCAGGUCACGGACAUGUGGAGGAGGAGCUCGGCACUUCCAGGCCCUGGGGCUGCCCUGCACCGCGGGCGCCGACGACGUCAGGAGAGGGCCUUCCGGCGGCUGGCGCUGGCGCACCACCCGGACAAGCACGGCGGGGCCCCCGAGGACCGACGUUCGGCGGGCGGCCACGCAGAGGUGCCGCGAGGCCCCGGCGAGGCCCACGAGGCCAUCGGCGAGCACCUGCGGCGGCGGGGCGCGUGA